AGAUUGAUGAUAUACGAUGAUAGGAUGAUGAUUCGAAAUCAAUCGCGCUAUAAUACACGGCGUAUCAUCCUUCUCUAUUCGAUCUUCCCAUAGCAUCUUUGUUCAAAAGGCAUUCACAAGACAUUCUGAAGAUGUCCAAUCGCUCAAAGAUGUCUUCUCGAUACCUUCUGGACAUCUUUUGAAUAUGCAUGCUAUGUGGGUUGCUCUCUCUUCCUGUCCGAAAAAAUACAUACGAGUUUGUAGCUAUGAUUUGACGAUGAAAUUUAUGAGCAAGAGAAUAGUUCGCUGCUCGUGACGUGCAGUUUGUCCUUAAAAUAAAUAUCAACUGUACGAAUGUAUUCUGGCUGGAUAUUUAUCCUCUCUCUUUUUUGGAGGGGAAGGAAAGGGGAAAGCGCACGCGUGAUUUUACUCCCGACCUCGCAGGGAGAGAGCGGAGGGCGAAGGAGAAUGCGAUGAGCCUUUGCACCGGCGGCUACGAGAACAAUCGUAGAGCAGGAACAACACGCGUAGAGACGAGCGGUUCAAGGGUCGUCGGAACAAAGCGACCGCGCCAUGCAUAUGCACGAGGGACUUUGUGUGUACUCCGGUUUUCGGGCCGGUGAUUGCAGUCUGUGAAGUGUCGAUUUACAAAAGGAAGAGGAAGUGGUGUACGAAGAGAUGCGCUACACGAACGAAAGGUUAAUGUCCGGUUUUCUCGCGGCGGAACCGCAGUCUCCUCAUGUGGCGAUGCAUCAUCGAUGCUGAAUCGGUACGUCCGCGGUAUUAGUGGUGGUGCUGGUGCUCGAGCAGACUCUUUCGCGCGGAUGACAGCUGGACGUUUUCGCCGCGAGGUUGACAGUGAGAUCCUCGAGCUCAGUUGAGCUGGGAAGAGACGAGUCGUCUCUCGCGUCGCCGAGAGUUCGAGACACGCCGUUGGUGAUAUCCGGCGUAAACUACUACUGCGCGAAUCGGGUAGUGAUCAGUAGUGAUGCCGUGAUGGGCUGCAGCUCGAGAUCGUCCUUCCUGACCACGCUUCUCUUCGUGGUUGGAUUACUCUCUGUCGCACUGUUUGCUGAAAUAUCUGAUGCAACACAUAUUCACAAUGAUUGUAACGAUAUUGGGAAACGAGAAUACAUAACCACGAGAAUAGAGCAGACUGAUGUAAUAAAAUAUCUUUCGGAAUGUUUAAGACAACGGCCUGGACCUACGGAUUCUCCGAGAGGAGGUUCCGUGAACGAGGCUGGCGUUUUUGCGUUACGAGGUAGACAGGAGGGUAGUCGGCGCUCUAGAAAGACCACCACUAGCACAACGAGCACAACGACACCCAGCUCGACAUUGAUAUCUUUGCCCGACGAAGUGGCGCAACCCGCUGCUCUUUUGGCCCCCGAGGAGGAAUCAUGGUCUACCAGUUCCUCCACCACGACCAAUGUUCCACUGUCCUCAGACAUGGCCGAUACGUCAUCCAAUCCACCUCUAGAAUACGUGGAGAAACCCCACACUAAAGUCAUUUUGCCCUGCAAGCUGGAAGGAAAUUAUUCGAGCUUAUUGCUGCCAGGAGCAAGAAGUUACAGAAUACGACCGGCGACAUGGUUGCACGAGGGUAACCCGGUGGACAUGAUCACGAUAGAUACGAGAACGGAAAUGAGCGGAACCGGGCAUCGAUACAUCGGCGACUCAACGACUGCCGCGUUGCAUAUAGACAACGUCAGAUUAGAGGACGAUGGUAUGUGGAGCUGCACGUUGGAGGACGAUCGGGGGAAGAUCCUCUUCGGCAGACCGGUGAAGCUGGUCGUGCUCGAGGCACCUCGUGGGACGUAUCUGUUGAUAGAUGGCCGCCGGCUGGAUCCCGGAAACCAGUUUGUGCCGGUGAAGGAAGGUUCGGAACUCACUCUCGAAUGCGCGGCCGAGGGUGGAAAUCCGCCGCCCGUCUUAGUAUGGGGCAUGACCUUGUCUCAGGCCACUUUAGACGGGCCGGAACAACCGCCGGACAACCUCACCGUGUUACCCUCAACAUCCGGCGGACGCAGCGGGGCUCACCUUAAGGUCCUGAGAGGACAUCACAACGCUACCAUCGUCUGCGUCGCGCGUCACAUCACCCUGAUGAUGCCAAUGAACGCCAGUAUUCUGCUCGACGUCCAAUAUACUCCAUCGUUUGCGAUAACGCGUUUACCUGGUUUUGGAAUUCCGAUCGUCGAGGGGAUGUCUGUCAGCCUGAAAUGCGAGGUAGACAGCAAUCCAGCCAGCACUCCAAUUUGGCAGCGCGACAAUGGACCACCCCCCGUAGAGCAGAGCGAUGACGGAUGGUUGAACUUCACAAAAAUCACUCGGGCCGAGAGCGGCUGGUACAAGUGCUAUACGCGGCAUAUGCUCGGCAUUUUCACCAGCAUCGGAUAUUUUCUCAAUGUUCGCUAUGAUCCAGAUAUGGAGACCGAGGCGGAGGCCCUGAACGGCGAGGCGACCGAUUCCCGAAGGAUGGAGGUGCAGAUCGGUGGCGCGGUUACCCUCGAGUGCGACGGCGGUUGUUGGGGCCAUGGACCGGGAAUGGAUCCGGUAGGUGGGCCCGGACCCCUCGCCCUAAGUCGGGUGGUGUACCAGGAGGCUGGGGAAUAUCGGUGCGUCGCGCCCGAUCGGAAAAUGCAGGACACGUGGCGAGCUCAGUUACCCUAUCACAUCAAGAUCACCGGGCGACCCAUGGUUCUUCCAUCUAGUCAGACGGUGACGGCAAACGAGGGUGAGCCGCUGGACAUUAUCGUCGAGUUCUGUGCUGAGCCGAGUUACACGAAGGUUCUCUGGAUAUCGGAGGAGCGAGUGUACACACCGGAUGCACCUUCUCACGACGGAGUCCAAGCCCUCGCAAUCGAGGACGGCGGCACAGAAUCGUGUUACAGGACGACCUUGCGUUUCGAGACGAUUCAGUGGUCUCAUGCGGGGGAAUGGCUGCUGCUGGUCCGUUCGUCGGAAGGGCUCGCCGACGCUUCCGUUCUGCUCAAUGUGACGCGCGCUUCCGGAUACAGCCGUGCCCACGUCCAGUCAGCGAGUAUCACGUACCUUCUGCUCUGCCUGAUCCUGCAGGCAUUCCUGCAGGAACAUCGCCACUGAAGCGAUCCAGGCGGAAGAAAUCUCGGCGAAACUUCUGACGACGCGGAAAGCUCGGAUGUCGGCUUUUCCCGAAAUGACGAGGGAAAAGGGCAAGUUUCUCUGUACAUAUAAUAUAUUGAAAUCCUCUUUUUCGACGAAUUUUCCCCGCGCGAUUUUCACGCGUUGACGAGACGCGCGUUUGUCCAACAUGCUACGACUUAUGUAUCUUUAGUAUCGCGAAUACGAUAGAAAUUCGAUCAAAUCGUUCCGCUGAUACGCCUUGGGCGCCAAUUACUAAGGCCUCGGUGUUCUACGGAUCUUGUAGCGAAUUCUCUCGUUCUAUUUGAACGAUUCUACAAGACGCAUUUACUAAUGUUUGCGAUCGCGAAGAAAAAAGUCGUCGUACGAAAUCUUUAAGCAUGCUUGAGCGUCUGUACGAACGAGUAUCCGUGCGAGAAAUGGUUCAAAAAAAUGAAAAGAAAGAAAAAUUCGAUUUCGCUGGCCUUAUACGAAAAUAGUGACGGAGAGAAAGGAAAGAGAUCGCGCGGACGAUACAUAUUUAUAUAGAGAGAAAAUUUGUAAACUAUACGAAUUUACGCGCGCUGACAUUCGCGCGAUACGCCGUACGAUGUGUAUAUACUUGUAUAGGUAAAAAUAAAUAAAAUAAGCCAAUGUUUACGAAUUGUGGAACGCGAUGUUUCCGCAUGUAGGGAUCAGAAUGAAAAAAAGAAGACCAAUUUUUUUUCAUUUCUUUUUUAUUUUUUCUUCUUUCUUCUUUUUUUUUAUCAUUCGCGAAUCUUCGGCAAAUAAAAAAGCUAGCGCGCGAGAUAUGGCUUGUACGGUGGACAAAUUUCAACGGAUCGAUUUUGUCCCCGAAUUAUAAUCAUUAUAAUAUCGCGAAGCAAGCCCCCAUGAUGAAAUAUGGUGGACGAUACUGCCUAUAAUAAUAACGAAAUAAUAAGAAAUAAACGAGCAUGACACGAUAGGAAAAAAAAAAAGAGAUCACCGCAAAUCUUAAUAAAGAAGAUACGACGGUCUCCCCUGCAUGAUCCAGGAACGAAAGUUUCGUGCUGCCGGAAACAAACUUAAUUGUGCAACGUCAAAUAGGUCCGGAGGUAGGGCGGCUAAAAAUUAAAUAAAUUGUUGUAUAUUACUUAGGUAAGUAGAAUUUGAUAGCGUGUAUAUAGUGACUGUAAAUGCGUAGGUUUAUCGUACGCCCGUACACGACGAAUUAAUACAGUGUGACGCUGUUAGAGAUAUAUUUAUUAUUCGUUGAUAUAUUUUUAUAAAGUUUUAUUUAGCUAUAAGUUCUCGUUCGCCUUCCUCCCCCUCUCAACCCGAAAGAAUCUCGUUCGCACGAUCGUAACGCUCGUUCGUUUCGUUAGGUAGAGAGCAAAGCGGUGGCGGCGCUUUGAGUUAUCAACUUUUCAACGAGAACCAUUACAAUAAAAUACUAUGUCCUACGAACGUCCUAAAUUGAAUCUAGCUAGUAGUUCAUCGUGUGAGAAACGUGGACAGAUUGUUGUCUUUAUGAUACUUUGGUCUAUUCGAUUGGGCGGGAUUUUAGCGUCUCGUCCCGAGUCCCGCUUCUCUCGAGCUGAGUCUUUAACCGUAAUUUUUUUCGUAAAAAUUCGGUGGUUCCUAAUUUUGUAAAAAUAGAAUUUGUACUCGGCUUAUACCGAUAAUCCGACUAAUGAUAACCCUUAUUGUCGGUACGUCCUAUCCGUGUGCGCGCGAUCGCAGUCGGUACUACCUAUAGAUACGAAAUAAACAUACCUGAUGUCUUCACGUUAAUUUAGUCUACUCGAUGAACCCGACUUGUUUUCAAAUCGCUAAGGUGUUACAAGUAAGCAACGUGAUGUAAUCGUUGUACCCAAUGACGCCUAAGAGUUCAAUAAAUGAUAUUUACAAUAAC